CCUUGGUUUGCUGCUUGUGGCCUGGACCCUUUGUUUGUGCCCGUAUUUAACGGCUCUUUCCUCCUUCUGCUGUGUUUCCUCCUCUCCACACUUUUCUUCCUUCUUUGCUUUCCUAUUUCCGUCACCCGUUAGACUCCAGUCUCUACCUGUACUUUCCCACUCUAUCCACAAUGAAGUUCACCCUGAUCGCCCUCUCCACCCUGCUGGCCCUGGCUGCCGCUGCGGACUCCACCACCUCCACGGUGGCUCCGGCUACCACCCUUAGCGCUGAGGCCCAGUGCGCCCAGAAGUGCGACGCCAACGACGUGUGCUGCGUUGCGCAGUGCUACCAUGUCCCCUGCCCCAGCGAUGACAAUGCCAACGACACCAACAGCUGUGUCGCUGCUUGCCCCCAGGGCACUGGCUCGCCCUCCGACACCCAGAAGUACGCCGACUGUGAGCAGAAGUGCUACAGCUCGCACUUCUUCAAUCCCACCACUGCCGUUGCCCAGGCCACCCACUCUGCCUCGUCUGGCUCCUCGGGCACUACCGUUACUGGUAGCUCGGCCACUGAGACUGGCUCGUCCGGCUCUGACUCCAACAAGGCCGCCAGCAACACCAGCGGCUCUGCCACCAAUACCGCCUCCGGUGCUGCCCAGUCUACUGGUGCCGCCGCCAACCUCCAGCUGGGUGCUUCCGGUGCUGGCCUCUUUGGCCUGGUCCUGGCUGCCUUUGCUCUGUAAGCGCGCAACCACGGAGAUAUCCCAGGGAUCAAUCCCCCAUUGAUCCUUCUCGGAUUGCGGGGCCGCAUGGUUUGGGAAAUAAUUUUGAACCAAUGGCCCCGUGACCGAAACCAACUGUUCUGCUUUCCUUUCAAUUGUGUGAUAGUAUCAAAGAUACCUAGUUUUUUUGGUUCUGAAUAGGGCCUUUUUGUGAAUGACAUACGAAUAAUAAUUCGGGGAAACAACCUAUCCCCAUCAU